AUGGCUCCUCACCCUUUGGAUCUUCUCUCUCUAGAAGAGAUCACACUCGCUCGGGACAUUGUGGCCGGCCUUCACUCAGAUGCCGUUCUUAGCUUUCGAGAGAUUUAUCUUCAGGAGCCCCCCAAAACUCAAUUGGUCGAGUUCUUGACCGCCGAGCAUGCAGGAGAAUCAGCACCUGCGCCUCACAGAACAGCUCUGGUACAGUACGAUGUUAUCGCAGCAGAUAAGAUCCCCCACUACCACGAGUCCGUCAUAGACCUGGCCGACAGGAAAAGAAUCUCCCAUUCGAUUGUCGGGGAGAAUCAGCACGCAGGAUUGACAUUAGACGAGUUCGACGUUCUAGUGGAGACGUGCAAGACGUCUCAGCUGUUCAAAGAUGUAUGCGCAGAGUUCACAUUACCAGAAGGCUUCGAAAUUGUCAUUGAGCCGUGGCCAUACGGCGGCAUGUCAGAAGAUGAGGAGAACCGCCGCUAUUUCCAGGGACUUUGCUUUGCUCAAGACACAAGGUCCCAAAAUCCCGAUUCGAAUUUCUAUGCCUAUCCACUCCCUUUCAUCCCCGUCCUGGACUUCUACAAGCGAGAAAUUGUCCGCAUAGAUCGUCUCGCGACAGGCGGUAAAGGUGACGCCCUCGACGCGAAGACACACUCAAAGAACAUCAUCGACCACUGCGCAUCGGCCGAAUAUGUCCCCGAGCUGUUGAAGAACGGUACGAGAAAGGACUUGAAGCCACUGAAUGUUCUGCAACCUGAAGGUCCGUCGUUCUCAAUCGACGGACAGCUUGUGCAAUGGCAGAAUUGGCGCUUCAGAGUCGGCUUCAACCCUCGAGAAGGCGCGACUAUUCACGAUGUCCACUUUGCCGGACGUAGCGUCAUGCACCGACUCAGCAUGAGUGAAAUGACAGUGCCAUAUGCCGAUCCGCGAGGCGCGUUCCCGCGCAAACAAGCCUUUGACUUCGGUGACGGGGGCGCUGGUAAUUGCGCCAACAACCUUUCACUAGGCUGCGACUGUCUCGGCGUGAUCAAGUACUUUGACGGCGCAAGCGUAGGACCCGACGGAACGCCCAAGGUCUCCCCGAACGUGGUCUGCCUGCACGAACAAGACAACGGCAUCGGCUGGAAACACACCAACUGGCGCACCGGCCGUGCUGUUGUCACCCGCAACCGCGAACUCGUUGUCCAGUUCAUCAUCACGCUCGCCAACUACGAAUACGUCUUUGCAUACAAGUUUGACCUAGCCGGCGGCAUCACGGUCGAGACACGCGCAACCGGUAUCGUGUCGGUGGUCAACAUCGACCCCGGCAAGAGCAGCGCCUGGGGCAACGUCGUCUCACCCGGCGUUCUGGCCCAGAACCACCAGCACAUUUUCUGCGUGCGCAUCGACCCUGCCGUGGACGGGUACACGAAUACCGUGGUGUGCGAGGAGUCCCACCGCGUGCCCAUGAACAAGGAAACAAACCCGAAGGGCAAUUACUACGAAGUCCGCCAGACCCCGAUCACGCAGAGCCAGUACCUCGACGCGGCACCCAUGGAUAACCGGAUCAUCAAGAUCGUCAACAGCGGGAAGACGAACCCUGUGAGUGGCAAGCCCGUCGCGUACAAGUUCGCGCCGGCCGCGACGCAGCUGCUCCUCGCCGACCCGGACUCCACGCAAUCGAAACGAGCCCUCUUCGCCCACCACCACAUUUGGGUCACGAAACACCGUGACGGCGAACUUUACGCUGCCGGUCGGUAUACGCUGCAGAGCACCCACGAGAUCGGCGGAGUAGCAGACAUGGUCAAACGCGAGGACAACGUUGAAAAUGACGACGUUGUGAUUUGGAAUGUGUUUGGAUUGACGCACAAUCCUCGUGUCGAAGACUGGCCUGUCAUGCCCGUCGAAAUCUACCAGCUCGCCAUCAAACCCAGUGACUUCUUCGCCGAGAAUCCGGCCAUCGAUGUACCUUCGACCAAGAACGAGGCGUCGAUUUUGACCGAAGGUGCAACUAAUGGCUCGAGCUGUUGCUCGUGA